AAAGAUUGAGGGAGCAGGCAAAAACUGAAGAAAUGUGACAAAUCAACGGUCAUUUUCAUGGCGGAGGGGAAACUGGUGCGAAAGGAGUUAUUCUGGGACUCCUUUGAGCCUCGAAACGCUGGAUCAAAAUGCUCAUAGUGGAGAAGACCACAGACUUCCCCUCUGCUGAGUUCUCUCUGGUGGAGGAUGUGGCUCUGCACUUCACCUGUUUGAUGGACAGGCUGAACGAGCAGCGCCUCUUCCAGCCUGACCUGUGUGACGUUGACAUCGUUCUGGUGCGUCAGCACAGCACCUUCCCGGCCCACAAGGGUGUGCUGGCAGCCUACAGCCCUUUCUUCCACUCUCUUUUCGCCCAAAGCAAACAGCUGCGACGGGUGGACCUGUCACUGGACGCUCUGACCUCUCAGGGCCUGCAGCAAAUCCUCAACUUCAUUUACACUUCCAAACUGCUGGUGAGCAGCCGCACAGUCCGCGACGUGCUCAACGCCGCCACCCUGCUCCAGAUGAGCGACAUCGCAGCCUCCUGUCGCGACCUCAUCAGCAGCCACUCGCUGAGAACCACCUGUGCAGAUAUGGCCAAUCAGGAAGGGCUUGGCAGCAGUGACCCAGCUGCUGUAGCGAUGCCCCCCGGCCAGCUGUACCGGGAGAUCAAACAGGAGUCAGAGCUGGGCAGGGUGUACACGAGGGAAGGCAGCAGCCCGUUUUCUGUCAGGGUGGAGGAGGCCGGAAAGGCAGCCUCCCAGACCAAGCAGUACUACCAGAAGGAGGAGGGCUCAGGAGGCGGGGGAGGCACAGGUGUGGCUGCUUUGUGCAAAAUGGAAGGCAACGAAGAAGAGUCGAAGAGUGCAGAUGGCCAUGCCUCCUUCAACAGAGACCAGAUCAUCGUUGAAGUCAACCUCAACAACCAGACCCUUAACGUGUCAAAGGGAUCAGAGGGCAAAUCAGCCACAGAGACCGCCACCAUAUUUGGUCGAUGCCACGACAACGAGCAAGACUCAGAGGGCGAUGACGAGAACGAAGUGGAGAACGACGACGCGGUUGGGGAAGAGGAUGAUGAAGACCUGAAGAGGGGCGACAUGUUGGGGCAGAGCAGUGAAGAGGAAGACGAGGAGGAGGAUGAAGAAGAGGAGGAGAACACCUUAAACAUUCCAGGCUUGGAGCAGCCGACCCUAAUGGAUCGACCCCGGCGGGGCACCAGAGCCUUGACCAUGGCGGGAACCACCGCCUCCAUGCGGCAGACGCUCGCCGAGGCCACGCUGGCCAACCAGCGGCCGGGCGGCAAGCGGACGCUGGACGCGGAGGGCCUGGGCCAGAAAGUGAGGCUGGAGGAGAAGCAGCACUUCCCGUGUAAGAAAUGCCCUCGCAUCUUCAACAACCGCUGGUACCUGGAAAAACACAUGAACGUCACCCACAACCGCAUGCAGAUCUGCAAUAACUGCGGGAAGCGCUUCCUGCUGGAGAGCGAGCUGCUGCUGCACCAACAGACCGACUGUGAGAAGAGCAUCCAGUGUGUGACAUGCGGCAAGGCCUUCAAGAAGCUGUGGUCGCUACACGAGCACAACAAGAUCGUCCACGGUUACGCCGAGAAGAAGUUCUCCUGCGAGAUCUGCGAGAAGAAGUUUUACACCAUGGCUCACGUCAGGAAGCACAUGGUCGCCCAUACGAAGGACAUGCCGUUCACCUGUGAGACGUGUGGGAAGUCGUUCAAGCGCAGCAUGUCCCUGAAGGUUCACUCUCUCCAGCACUCAGGAGAGAAACCCUUCAAGUGUGAGAACUGCAGCGAGCGCUUCCAGUACAAAUACCAACUGCGCUCCCAUAUGAGCAUCCACAUCGGACACAAGCAGUUCAUGUGCCAGUGGUGCGGAAAGGACUUCAACAUGAAACAGUACUUCGACGAGCACAUGAAGACACACACUGGAGAGAAGCCGUACAUCUGUGAGAUCUGUGGGAAGAGCUUCACGAGCCGACCCAACAUGAAGCGCCACCGCCGCACCCACACUGGAGAGAAGCCGUACCCCUGUGAAGUUUGCGGGCAACGCUUCCGCUUCUCCAACAUGCUCAAGGCCCACAGGGAGAAGUGCUUCCGCGUCAGCAACCCCAUGGUCGCCGACGGCAGCGACCCCCUCGGCCUCGACCGGCCCCUGGCCUCGCCGGCCGUGGACUCUUCCGGUCAGGUCCAGCUGGGGACGGCGCUCCCCGCCACAUCUGUGACCACGCCCGCUGCUUCCUCCAGCCCCCACCCCCUCCACGGCACCCAGCUGUCUCUCCCCCUGCUGCACUCCAUGGGGGGGCUGCCUCCCACCCCGCAUUUACCGCCACCGCCUCCCCUGUUCUCUGCUGGUAGGAUGAACUCCAACAACUAACAAAUCUCUGUAGCAUUGAAAGCACUUUGUUACUUUUGUUUCAUUGUUUUUCUUUGAGCUUUUAAGAGGACUCCUGCAGCGGGAGAGUGAUGCACCUCGGUGGCAUUUACUGAGGAGGAAAAACUGAAGAAAAAAAAAAAAAAAAGGCUACACGGAGGCCUCG